ACAAGCUGCUGCUGCGGGGAAGGAAGCACAGAGAGCCGGGAGCGGCACAGCACACACAGCACGGCACCUCCCGCUGCCUGGCACGGGACAGAGCGGCUCACCAUGGCUCCAGGUGCCUCGAAGAGGAUGUGGGGCAGCCUGGAGGUGGCCCUGGCUGACCUCUGUGCCUUCCUACUCUGCUGUGGGCCCAUGCUGACCUGCUGCCUCCGGGUGACCAUCUCCCCAGCAGUGUUAACUCUCCAUGAAGGUGAGAAAGCCACCUUCUUCUGCAAUAUCUCCAUGGAGAAUGAAACUGGUUCAGAGUAUAGCCUCAAUUGGUACAAGGAGACCAACAACAGGCAACCCCAAAAAACUGCUGAGCUCAGCCGACACGAGCCCGUGACGGAGACAGAGAAGUACAGGCUCAGCAACAACACUCCUGUCUUUAAGAUUGAGAUCCUGAACCUCCACCAGAAUGACUCAGGCUCCUACUACUGUGGAUUGAUUGCCUUCUUUGAGCCUUCUGUGAGCCUGAUGGAGAGCAGCCGGUCCCAGCUGAUAGUCACAGCAGCCCCCCAGAUGAAUGCCACUGAUGAGCCAGAGAUGGAGGAAGACAGUCCCUCAGAGCACAUCAAGGCUAUGCUGCUGGGGAUCCUCGUGCUGGCUGGAGUGGUUGUGCUGCUGAUCUUCAGCUACCUCAUCUUCACGCACAGGAGAGGAGAUGUGCAGAAACCACCGAGUGAAAACACGCCAGCGAAGGAAGAGAAGCCCCCUGUGGUGUCCAUAUCCACUGUGGACUAUGGUGUGCUGGAGUUCCAGAGGGACCAGUGCACCCCGGUGCCCCCCAAGACUUGGCCAGUUGAGCAGACUGAAUACGCCACCAUCAUCUUCCCUGAGGAGAAACCUGUGACACCAGAGCGUGGCAAGAAACACUUGGAUGAGAGGACUCGACAGCUGCCAUCACAGCCCUGCUGAGGGUCAGGGACCCUCUUCACAAGGAUGUGGGCAUGAACAGGAUGCUCCAGUCCCUCACUUUGGGAAAAAUCCAGCAUAUCAGGACUAAAGCAACAGAGAUGCUGCUGCUGGAGUUGAUAUUGAACAGUCCUGGCCACACUGUUAUUAUGGCCAUGGGGUGGGUACCACAGGAUGAGUAAGGUCCCUGCUGUGCUCCAUGUGUUGCCUCUUCACUCAGGGCAGGGUGGAUGGGCUGGGGCAGAGCAGUGAUGCCAACAGGUCUGUCCCAAAGGUGAUUUACAUAAUGCUUUGGUUUUCUACCUCCACCCAGUGCUCUCUGGAGUGGUCAUGCUGCUUCCCUGUCCCAGGUCUGAACCAACUGUCAAAGCAUGACUGUUGAAAAAAAUGCUGCAGGUUAGAACUGGAGUGAAUCUGGUGAGAUGCUGCUCAUGGGAGCCCAAGGCUUCUUGCAAGCUUCUCCUUGCCUGAAGCAGAGACUGCCCUUAGUACCGCUAUUCAGAAAUCCCUGGGAAGCAGGCAGCUGGUCUUCUGUCUAUCUCCAGGCAUUUUCCUCCUCUGCAUGAGGGGUAAUCUUCCCCUGUGUCCUUCCCUCCCCAAGCAGGAGUCAGAUCUGGCCAUGGGGGUGAAUAAAGUUUUACAUCCGAG